CGCUAGAAGGAGGGUGGCGCAUGCGCGUUCGGCCGACGCCAUCUCUAACUACUGUGCGUACUUAUUCCUAGAGUGAAAUGAAUGCUAAUUCGUGUUAAAAAGUGUAAUUUAUCAUGUAAUUAUAUCGCCGCCUGUGAGAUAAAGUGACACCACAUAGUGUUUAACCUACGCAGUGCAAGCGUAAUAAAAUCGCGGUCGUAAAAUUGCGGAAGUUUCUUAGCUAUACCAACGCAUAUUUUUUGCGGCCGUCUCCGCGGCCACCGCAUACAUCGGGCUACUUGAUGGGCCUUUGUCGCCGGACCGGCUAGUGGUAAUUUACUGCUUUAUUAUCAACCGACGCCGCCGUAGAAAGCGUGCUAAGCGAGCUAAGCGCGUUACGCGACUUACGCGCCUAUCGGCCGAACCGAGUUCGAUUACGUACGAUUGUUGUGGGUCAAAGACUCCGCGGUGUUGGCGCGCGUCUACGACAGUUCUACAGCUCACCGCUUAUGUUUCAGAUUUUACGCUUCGGUGUGAGUGUUCGCGUGAUAUGAAUUCUGUAAAGCCCGUUUUGCCCCAGCCUGGGGCGCCGGGUGUGCAGACGAGUCCCGCGAAGGCGACUGUCGCCGGCGGCGGAUUGGGUGCGGGCGGGAACUUGCCCAACCUCGGGGGCAGCCUUGUCGGGCAGAACCUGACGCAGCCCGUGGCCGUGCCACAGCCGCUGGCGCCGCCAGCUCAGCCCCUCGCACACGCCGUGCCUUCCAUGGCACCGGUCUCCGCAAACAUGGCGCAAAUGGCUCAAAAUAUGAGUCACCACGGUAACUUAUCGCACGUCACUCAGAACUCUGUUCCACCCGUGGCCGCCAUUCCCGCCAAGACGCCAGCCAGCGCUCCAUUGAGUCUUGUCCAAGACAAACCUCCAGCACCAGUUCCUUCUCAGCCCUUAGCAUUGACACGGACUCCAGAGAAAAAGGAACCUGACUCGACUGUCCCAGCGGCACAAUCAAAUGGCACAGUUGACUCUCCAAAAUCAGCUGCAAAUGCUCCCACCACUUUGAAACCACAAAAUCCUGAACCAAGCAAAUAUAUUGACAUUGCUAAGACAUCGCCAAGUACACCAAAGCCCCCUGAGAAACCUUCAAGUACUCCCAGUACUCCUCAGAAGGCUGAACCUGCCAAUGCCAACCUAGCGGCCGACCCUGCUCAGCCUAAAGUGGCCACUGCCAAUGAGGCACCAGAAAAAUCCCCAGCCAAACCGACUGAACCCAAGCCAGCACCGACGGCUGAUGUUGCACCAUCCCAAAGCGACAGUAAGCCUGUUCCAGAAUCAGCUAAAGACAGUCCAUGCCCUGAAAAGGCGCCAACUCCACAAAAACCUGAACAACCAGCCCAACCAGCAGCUGGAACUGCCAAGGUACAAAAUGAUGUAAAACCUGAAGAGAAAAAACCAGAGCCUGAACCGGAAAAGCCAGCAGCCAAGCCAGUUGAAGAACCGGCUAAGCUUGAGGAGGCACCCAAAAAGGCAGAAACUCCUAAAAAGGAGGAGAAGCCAGUGGAAACUGCUGAAAAGCCCGUUGCAAAAGUUGAAGAGAAAAAACCAGAAAAACCAGAGGUCAAAACCCCUGCUAAACCUGAACCAAAGGCUGCUCCGAAGUCUACUCUGAAGCUUGCGACAGUCACACCACCAAUGAGGAAGAGAAGGCAUGCAAGCCCUACCAAGUCUACUGAUAGCCCCAGUGUGACUAAGAAACCCGCUGAAGAUCCUUCUACACCUGACUCUCGCUCCAAGAGGAAUAGGAAAUCGGUGCAACUAUACCAGUCUCCAACUCCUGAGAUUGCCAUGGCAACCAAGCUGUCCGCCUCUGCUGGCAGAUCAACCCCAACUAAACCCAAUGAUGACAAGCUUAUUGUGUUCUACAAAAACGAAUACCUAGCGGUCCGAAACGCCGAAGGCGGUUUUUAUGUCUGCCAGGCCACGCAGAAUGUGUACCGCACCACACGCAAGAUCAAGAUCCGCUGGCUGUCCCAGGACAAGACCGCGGACCCGUCCGGGGAGACUUACAAACCGGACUUCUAUGACGUCACUGACAUGGAGUGCGUGCUGACGACGCUGUCCCUGGCGCGAGCGCCGGGCGGCGGCGGCGCGCAGGUGCUGAAGCCCGCCGAGCAGGCGCGCGCGCGGUCCAUCCUCGAGCGCGCGCUGCAGGCCGAGCAGGGCGACGCCAAGCCUGACGUCACCGAGGAGCACCCCGACGGCCUGGACCUGUCGCUAUACACGGACGAGUCGCAGCUGGAAAAGAAGUCGCGCAAGCGCAGCGCGUCCAAGUCCUCCCCACGCAAGCCCUCCCCCCGCAAGUCCUCCCCGCGCCAAGCCGAUACACAAAAGGAAGUACCGACGCCGGUAAAAAAGGCGCGUACCACACCAAAGCGCAGCCCCAAGCGCAAAUCACAACCGACACCGCAAAAACCACAAACCAAACGAAAAUCGGCAGGUACCACGCCCAUAGUGGCGACGGCAAGCAAGGUAGGCAUAGUACAACGGAUAUAUAGAAAUACAGCCACGGCGGUAACGGAAAAGGCAAAGGCUAGUAAGACGCCGAAAAGGACGCCGGCCAAACAGAAGGAAACGCCGCCGCCGGCCACGCCCACGAGGGGGAGGCGGUCAAUCGUGAAAGACACCAAACCCUCCCCAAUAGUGCCCACGCCAUCGACGUCCACCGGCAAGACCACGCGCACGCCGCGGAAGCCCCCCGCGAAGAAAUAAUACGAGACGCACCGCGGCGCCACACUGCGCGUGACCGCACCCAGAGCGCGGUGAGGGACUCUAGUGAAUAUUGAAACCGCUUUUACAGGUCCACUUUCACUAAGGA